AUGGACUUACUGGGCCCCAUGGAGAUGACGGAGGGCUCCCUCUGCUCCUUCACAGCUGCUGAUGACUUCUACGAUGACCCGUGCUUCAACACGUCGGACAUGCACUUCUUCGAGGACCUGGACCCCCGGCUGAGCAAGGUCAAUGAAGCCUUUGAGACCCUCAAGCGCUGCACCUCCACCAACCCCAACCAGCGCCUGCCCAAGGUGGAGAUCCUGCGCAACGCCAUCCGCUACAUCGAGAGCCUGCAGGCGCUGCUGCGGGAGCAGGAGGACGCUUAUUACCCGGUGCUGGAGCACUACAGUGGGGAAUCGGAUGCCUCCAGCCCCCGCUCCAACUGCUCUGACGGCAUGAUGGAGUACAGCGGGCCUCCUUGCAGCUCUCGCAGAAGAAACAGCUAUGACAGUAGCUACUACACAGAAUCACCAAAUGAUCCAAAGCAUGGGAAGAGUUCUGUUGUUUCCAGCCUCGAUUGCCUCUCAAGCAUUGUAGAGAGGAUUUCCACAGAUAACUCCACAUGUCCUAUACUGCCUCCAGUGGAAACUGUUGCUGAAGGGAGUCCCUGUUCUCCCCCAGAAGGAGCGCAUCUGAGUGAUAGCGGAGCCCAAAUUCCUUCCCCCACUAACUGCACCCCACUUCCCCAGGAUAACAGCAGCAGCAGCAGCAACCCUAUCUACCAAGUACUAUAAAGACAGGUCCAGCUGGACUGUACUGAAAACAAAUUGCUCCAUUCAGCCAUGCUCCAAGACCUGCCUUCUAAGACUGAAAAGAAUUCUUAAGACUUGUCCCAGUUUUAAAAUAUCACUCAAAAUUCCUUCAAAUAUAUAACUUUUCAAGCCUGUAUUACUUCAAAUUAAACCUAAUUAUUUAUUGGUUGUUAAACUAAAGUUAUUUAAUAUGUCUAGAGAUAAAAUUGUAUACCAUGAAAUGGCCGAUGUUUAAUCUGGGCUUUGGGGAAUAGGAGACCUGGCUAUUGAAUGUGGAGGAGAACAGAAAUCUACAACAGUAGUGGCAUGACAGAUCCUUCCUAUUACUCCUGUUCUGGCCAAAAUAA